UCUGCUUAAAAUUUCUUUAUGAUAACAAUUGCUUUGUUUCUUUUAGGUUUUGGAGGUAAUCCUGCUAUAACAGUACAUUAUUCAUUAAUCAAUGAGCAUUCCUGUAAUAUUUACAAUUUAAUUAUAAGAAGGACAUUUCAGAGAAUUCUAAAAUGUAGGUCUCUAGGUUUUCUUUGCAAUAGGUGAAUUUACAAUAAUCACUUUGGCUUAUUAUAUUACAGAUUGGAGAUAAUUAGCUAUAAUUGCUGCAAUUCCUACAAUUCUCUUAAACUUUGCUAAUCUACUUGUAUUUGAGUCUCCUUAAUUUUUAUAUUCUAAAAACAAAACACAAUGUGUUUAAACACUCAAUAAAAUUGCUAGAAUUAAUCAAUGUAAACCUAUUCAAAAUGAUGAAUUAAUCACAAAUCCUAAAUCUAAAGAAAAAAAUUAAAGGAUUUAUACAGCAUGGGAUCUUGUUAAAUACAAGUCUAUUAGAUAUGUAUUUAUAGCUUGCGUCAUGAUGUUUUUUGGAAUUUAACUUAUUUAUUAUGGAAUCAGUUUCGUUAGUGAUUAAUUAGGUAUUAACUUUUUCACAAGCAACUACAUUAUUGCACUAUUCGAAUUAUCUGCUUAUUUAAUAACAGGUAAAUAUACAAUUAUUAUUAUCAAGAUUUUCUUGUAACAAAAUUAAAAAGAAAAAGAAAUAUAAUUUUAGGACUGGUAUUAGUAGGUUUAUUAAGUUAAUACUUCUUACUAAAAUUUGAUAAUCCACUCUUUGUAGUAUUGUAAGGCAUUUUGGCAGGAGUAUGAAAAUUACAUAAUAUUGUAGUUGAUGAGAUUUAUAAUUUGUGUAAUCUGGGCUUUAGGAUUUGUUUAUGUAUCUGAAUUAUUUCCUUCAGUUGUAAGAUCUUUAGCAUUACUAUUAAUUUCAGCAGGAGGCUCUAUUGGUAGUAUUGUUUAAACUUUCUUAAAUAAUUUAUGUUAAUAGUUGAAAGUUCACCCCAUGGUUGUUUUUGGAUUGAUUGGAAUGUUAUGUGGAUUUUUAUUAAUUCCACUAAAAGAAACAUUGAAUUAAGGGUUGAUAGAAAACAUUGAAGAGGAAGAAUAGUUAAUGGCUAAAUAGAACAUAGACAAUAGAUACAAAAAUGAUAAUAAAGAGUGUUAAGAAGUUGAUAAAAUUGAAAAGUAAAAUGAAGAAAGAGAGUGAGUAUUUAUAAAUUUAAUUUAGAUUUCUCAUCAUAAGAGGAUAGAACAUUAAUACUGUAACAAAAAAUGGUUGA